AUGGCGCAGGCAGAGACCUUGAACACGCAGUCUGCGCCAACGGAAUCACAUAAUAUGCGGCGUGUACCAUCUGAUCGGAGGUCUAUUUCAAAUGUCGGCAGUCAAAGCGGGAGCCACAGAGAGCAAGUCCCCUGCUCCGUACCGAACUGCUGUGCAGUUUUGAGCUCCAAGUCAGUGCACAAGAAGCACAUGCUCAAACACGACAAGGCCUUUGUGUGUACAAUACAAGGAUGCAAAAGAAAUGGCAAAGGCUUCGCAACUGUCAACGACCUUGAUCGUCACCGGAAAAGCGUACACAAAAUCGAUAGCCACAGAACGAAGUCUUAUCGUUGUGCCCACGACGACUGUAGGAACAAGCCUAAGAUAUGGCCGCGCCUGGACAACUUCAAGCAGCACAUUGGACGAAUGCACAGAGACUAUGAUGAUUUUGAGCUGAUCAAAAAUUCGGAGUGUCAUCUCCAAGAACCUCCGUCCGCAGAUCCAGCGCUCCUUGCAGACUUGGUCUGCGAGACCGCAGUCUCAACCAGCAAUCCUGGCGGUAUGGUCUCUGCGGUACCACAAAGCUACUUGUAUCCGCCACUCAUGUCUCUUGGUGGGUGCCCAACUUCAGGCACUUCUCAGGUGUCGCCCAGCACGGAAUCGCUCGACGCAUCGUUUCCUCAGUCCGGUACGCCUCCACCAAGCCGAGCCGAUGACGACCCAUCAACAAUUCAAAACUGGGCUCAAACAGCAGAGAGCAUCCACAACCGUCAAGCUACUAGUCGAAAUUCGGCCCGGACAUCGUCUGCGGGGCCUGUUGAACACUCCGUCUCAGCGCAAGGCACAACAAGCAACCGAAACAUGGGGUCGCAGUCUAAACCAUCAAGUGUGGCCCAGACAAAGUCUGAACAGCAACAACAGCGGCAGGCUCUCGAGAAGCUUUCGAAGGCCAAGCUUGAAGAGAUGCUUCUCCGUAUCAUUGGAUCACAACAGCAAGACGGUGGCAAUUCUCGUUCUGACAGCGAGAGUUGUCAAUUGUCACAAGAGAUCGCACGUCUCACGCACAAAGGAGUAAGAUCCACCCGCUUACAAUCGCGUCGCUCGAACCAGGGGUCCACGCCUGGCAUGGAGCAAUGUCCAUACGAUGGCUGCGAUUUUUCGGGUCGCAUAUGCGAUUUGAACAAGCAUAAGAAGAGACACGAGAAGCCGUACGGAUGCACUUAUCCCAAGUGUUAUAAGAAGUUCGGCGCCAAGUCAGAUUGGAAACGUCACGAAAACUCCCAGCACUUCCAGCAAGAGGCAUUCCGCUGUGACCUCAAGAACAGCCCCGACGAACAAUGCGGCCAAUACUACUACCGCACAGCGCAGUUCCACAAACACCUCGAGCUCGAGCACAAAGUCACUUCAAAAACCAUCCUGCAGAAUGGCUUGGACCGCUGCAAGAUCGGCAAGAACUACCAGGUUCAGUUCUGGUGCGGUUUCUGCCGCGAGAUUAUACCUCUCGUACACAGGGGCAACGCUGCUUGGGACGAACGGUUUAGCCACAUCGCAAAUCACUUUGAAAAAGACGUGCUGAAGAAAUGCAUUGAUGACUGGAUCUGUGUGGAGGAGAACAGGACGAAGAGACAGCUGCAAGAGGUUAUGUUGGACGAAAAAGAAAAGGGACUAGAUGCCGAAGAGCUCGAUGAUGAUGAGUCCACUGCGGCAGAAGGAACUGCGAACUGUUUUCCUGAGCCUCUACCGAACGGAUCCAGGAGGCGAUCACCCUCGCCUGGUACAACAAAUGGCCGAGCAGCCACCAGGCUGCCAAUGUGGUUACAGUGGCGCUACGGAUCUCCAGGGCAGUUGCAUGGAAUGUCAGCACAUCUUUUGUCGUUCCUGUAG